GUCCUUUAUUAAGACAGAUUGUAAUAUUUAUCAAUAAACAAAUAAUCAAUCAAAAAAAUUAUUAAUCGUUAGGGUACGUUUAAACAUUUCACGAACUAUGGGAAACACAACUAGCUAACUUAAUUGACAGUAACAUUAAUGCUAAAUCAAACUAUUUAUUUUAUUUUUCUUGAUACAGAACUCAGAUGGAAAAUAUCAAAAACAAGUGUGGAAUAUACAUACUUCAGAACUGCGCAUGCUCAGUACCGUUUCCAAAAACAAUUGUAACCUUCCCAUAACGCGAUAUUUUCUGAUAGUGAGUUGUUUACGUUAUGUAUUGGUGUGUUAAUAAUUUUCUGUUCUAUGAUAUUCUCCAAUGUCAACGUGCUAUUGUUGACUAGGUAGUAGUCGAAGUUCUCAGUGGAUAAAUUUGUUCUACAGAGGUUUAGGACAGUCAAUAACCAGAAUGAAACCAACAAUUUAUAUAUGCAUAUUCUGUGUUGAUUUUUUUUAUGUUCGAAAGUUUCUAGGCAUUGAUUUUAUGCCAUGAUAGUUGGUGGUGUUUCAUUAUGAAUAUUUUCACUAACCAGCCUGCAAUUCAUACAUCAAAAAUGAUUGAAAAACAGUCAAAUGUUAAUUGGAAUGUAGAGGAUGAGUUAAAAUUAUUGAAUGCAAUAAGUAAUUGCGGCCUAGGUAACUGGGAGGAUAUAGCUAGUCUUGUACAACCCUACACUCCAUCACAAUGUGAGAAGCACUAUUUUGAUAAGUUUGCUAAAGAUUUUGAUGGAAUAAGAGAACCUCCUCUUUGUUCUAAUAAUUGUAAAAUCCAAAUCAAAAAUGCUGGUCCUGACAUAAGUAGUUCUGUUCAUGUUUGGCAAAUGAAUAAUAUGUUAGCUUCUAUGAAAUGGAGAGAACAAAGACCCAUCACUUGUGAAUUUCCUCAUGUGAAAAACUUGACUUGCUCUGUGCCUUGUACUGGUUACAGCAACAUUCGUUCUGAUUUUCUUGUUGAAUAUAACGAUAAUGCUGAAAGUAUCCUUAAACUUAUAAGUAUGAAUCAACAAGAAGAGCCAGUAGCUGAUGAAGAUUCUGACUUAAUUGCUGAAAUGGAGCAGGCUCUGUUGCAGUCUUACAACUCGUGCUUAGAUGAAAGAAACUAUCGCAAGCGUAUUGUAAGAAAUCAUGGGCUUGUGGACAGGAGAAAAACAUAUACGAUGCUCCAAAGAUUAGAGGUACCGUUUGGCAAACAGACGUUAAAAGCAUUAGUACCGGUUAUGAGGUUUUUAAGCGGUCCUGAAUUUGAUUUCUUAGUCGAACGAUUGAAAUACCAAAAUGAAAUCCGGAUUAACCUCAGUUCAUUUAUUGAUUACAGAAGAAAUGGUCUCAUAUAUCUCGACACGAUUGAUAUUUACAAAAAAUUAAAAAAUAAAAGACUCAAAUAUCAUGCAGAACUUCAAUAUGAGCGCAAUAUGUGUCGAUUGGAUGAUAAAGCUCCGCAGAGAAAACCUACGCAACCCUUAGCAUUAGAAAACCUCCCUGGGUAUAAUCUUCUGAGUGAAGAUGAAAAAUUGCUAUGCUCAACUAAUAGGAUAGUUCCAGAAACCUAUAAUUCCUUUAAAGAAUUAUUAAUUACUGAAUGUAAAAAGCAUGAUGGGCUAAAACUGGCCCAAGCACGAACACUUAUAAAAAUAGACGUUAAUAAAACUAGAAAAAUAUACGAUUAUUUGUUGUCGUUAAAACUAAUUUGGCAGCCAGAAGAAACAUGACUUUAAAAUUUUUAAUCAGUGUUAUUCAUCUAAAGUUAUUUGUACAAAUUUUUUUCGAAUAAUAUUUUAUACCUUUGUUCCAUUAAGUGCUAUAAAACAAUGAAGAAACAAAAACAUAUAUAUAUUAAGACAUUUUUUUUCUAAUGUCCGAAACGAAUCAGAUUGUUUUUUUAUAGUGUAACUGAUCAGUAUUUUUUUUUUUUUUUUUUAAGAAUAUAUAAAUAUAUUAUUAUUUCCCUUAAA